AUGUCAGGGGCAGAACUCAAAAGACGGCAAGUGCCGAAAGUCAAUAUGGACACCGGGAUCGAUUACACGAACCAGCCCAAGGUCAAAGCACGAACCGUUACGUGGCAGGAGAUCUCCGGAUGGCAGCUCCACAACCAAUAUAUCCUUGACUAUCGUGAGAUCUUCACCAGCCUGACCUUUUUGCACGAUGAGUCUUGCAAUGUCUAUAGUCAUCUGAUUGGGGCUCUGCUCCUACCACUCGUUGCGACUACCUUUGGGCGAAAACUGGCACAGCCUCAAUUUCUCGGUGUGUCGUUUAUGGAGUACGCUAUGUUUGGGAUCUACUUCUGGUGUGCGGAAAUCUGUUUGCCCCACUCGCGUAGAAUAGAAUAUUUCUGGCAUGGAAUGGAUCUGCUUGGGUUUGUUGUUGUGACGGUGGGCACAUUUUCGUCCGGCAUCUACCAUGUCUGCUUCUGCGAAGCGAACUUGCAGAAAUUGCACUGGGCUAUUGUCCUAGUCACCGGAUUUGUCACCGGUGUCCUAAUCUCGAAUCCUCUGCUCAAAACAACGCGCUGGCGGAAAGUGAAGGUGGGCGCUUUCGUUAUCUUCGGCGCUUCAUCAUUUCUACCUUUGCUCCAUGGACUGAGGCUCUAUGGCAUUGGAGUCAGUCUUUAUGCGGUAUGCUUGGCGCCUGAAGGGUUCGAUAUUUGGGGAAGCUCGCACCAGAUCUUCCAUCUCGCUAUCUUAGGCGCGAUGUACACACACCAGAUUGCUCUGCUGCAAGGCUUCACAGCCUGCCAUACAUUGGAUGUGUGUCAGCUCCAGGGUGUUUAUUGA